CCCAAUGGAUAUGCUACAACCGAGGUCGAGUGCCCGAAUCCCCGGCCCAGUGUCCGCAGUGCCGCGACUCUGUCACCGAGCGAGCUCAAUUGGCCCAAGUUGCGCCGACAGAAGACACUCGAAGCCAUGAAGGACUUCUUCGGCGAUGUGCAUGUGAAGAAUAUUGAUGCCGUAUCCUAUCUCGAACGGGUGGCCAGCCCACCCAACGUCGAUAUCGCCGUGUCCGGUGGAGGGUAUCGUGCGUUGAUGAACGGAUCCGGAGCCCUCAAGGCCUUUGAUAAACGCACCGUGAAUGCCACUGCCACCGGUUAAUUGGGCGACUUGCUCCAGUCGGCCACAUACCUAUCUGGUCUGAGUGGUGGCGGGUGGCUGUUGGGCUCCCUCUACCUGAACAAUUUUACCUCCAUUUCGUCGCUGCAAACGGACAACUUGGGGAGUCCCUGGGAGUCUCUGAAUUCCCUUCUCGAAGGUCCCGACGAUGGAGGAGCACUCUUGUCCUAUGCCAGAAAGUACUAUGGAGAGCUUGUGACGGCCAUGGCACAGAAUAGUGAUGCGGGCUAUCCGACCACCAUCACGGACUUCAGGUAAGCAGGCAAAUUCUGCUCCCUUGCCACAAGUUAGGACACAGUCAGGACGCCGACUGGUCGACCUGCGUCGGGUGCGCCGUGCUGCACC